ACAGGACUUAGCUUACAUGCAUAUGAUUCAUAUAAACUAAACUGAAAAAACAUAUGUAUGCAUCAUGUGUACAAUGGUACAAAGCUUAAGAAAACAAUCCAAUCGCAUUGAUCAAAGCCAUGUUUCUAGGUAACUAGUCGAUGCGGAAAUCCCACAUGAGAUGAUUUUAGUUUAGAGUAAAUCUUAAGAUUUUAAAUAUAUCUAAUUAUUUCAGAAGAUCCGUUGCAUAAUUUACUUGUAAAUUUGACAUAAAAUGUUUUAUUAUUAAAUUUAUGUCCUUUAAUGGCCUAGUAAGCCAAGGGGAAGAGUAAAUAGUAGAGCCCAAAGUGAAAGGUGAGACAUUGGGCUGCCUUGGGCCCACUAACAGAAACCGGAAAUAUGGAAACCGAAAGGGUCGAAUCCACCAAAUAACAAAAUUGUUCUUUCUAAGAACCCAGCCAAGCCAUCUACGACUAUAACCUUCAUCAAUUUUCCUUUUUUUAUUUUUUUUAAACAAAAAAAGGAAAUUAAUUUGGUGUUUUUGCUCACAUGAUGAACAUUAUAUAUCACAAAACCAAAAAGAAAAUAAUAAUAAUAAUAAUUUUAAUAUUCUUGCUCUCAUUGAAAUCUCUAAUUUCCCGAACAGAUAAAAAGAAAAUGUUAAUUGAUUCGGUCUUUCUCUUCCUUGACUAUUACGAUAUUUACUUCUCAAUAGAAUAGAAAGAAGGAGAGGAUUGGAAAGCCAAACAAAUCGCGAUUUUACUAUUCUCUGUCUCUCUGUUUCUUUAUCUUUUUGGUUUGUGUUUUGGUAACCCUAAUUCUUUCAAUUUGUUGAUCUCGAGUUCGCGAUCGCUUCAAUGGAGACCAAUUCUGAAGGUGAGAAUCAGAAUAGAGGCACCAGUGGCGGCAACAACAAUAUUGGGAAUUCUAAUGAAGGACAGAGCAAGCCCAAACGUCAGAUGAAGACUCCUUUCCAACUCGAAGCUCUUGAAAAGGCUUAUGCUUUGGAGACAUACCCAUCAGAAGCUAUGCGGGCAGAAUUAUCACAGAAGUUAGGUCUCUCUGAUAGGCAACUGCAGAUGUGGUUUUGUCACAGGAGAUUAAAGGACAAAAAGGAGACUCCUGCAAAGAAGCCUCGUAAGGCAGUACAGUUGACGGAAUCUCCUGUGGAGGAGAUGAGGGCAGUAGAGCCUGACCCUGACCCUGACCCUGACCCUGUAAGUGAUUAUGGGUCUGGUUCAGGUUCUGGCUCUAGCCCAUUUAUGGAGCCAAGGAAGGUGUAUUUGGAUGAUGUGCCAAUGAUGAGGAGGCACUAUGAGUCGUCACCUCAGUCAGUCAUGGAACUUAGAGCUAUUGCAUGUGUGGAGGCACAGUUGGGGGAGCCAUUGAGAGAGGAUGGGCCAAUUCUUGGGAUGGAGUUUGAUCCAUUGCCACCUGAUGCGUUCGGGGCCCCUAUAGCAAUGACUGAGCAGCAGAAGCGGCCCUUGCAUUCUUAUGAUGCCAAAGCAUAUGAGCGACAUGAUGCAAAAUCCAGCAAAGCAUCUGCAAGGGCUUCUCAUGAGUAUCCGUUUAUCCAAGACCAGUCCACUAUGAGAUCUGAUGCAUAUGGACAAGUUGCUCGAUCUCCUUAUCAUGAUCCUGCCCUUGAUAUUCUGAAGGGGAAAGCAUCAUUCGUGCAUGAAGAUGAACCAUUGGCCAAGGUUCAAGGUGUUCGUCUGUCAUCUCAACCAGGAAAGAAGGGACAUGUCUUUUCAUCGCUUCACAGGGAUGAUGACUAUCUCCUUCAGCAUGAAUCCUUUACAAACAAUAGAAUAAGUGCUCACGCUAUUGGUCACCCAAUUAUGGGAUCAGAAAAUCCAGAUAUUUUUCCUGACGCUCAAAUCUUCCAUACUGAUACAGGUCCGCAGGUUGGAAAGAAAUGCAAGAAUGAUGAAGUUAGAAUUGCGAGGGAAGUUGAAGCUCAGGAAAAUCAGAUCCGCAAGGAGCUUGAGAAACAGGACCAAUUGAAGCGGAAGAGCGAAGAGCGCAUGAGGAAAGAAAUGGAAAGGCAUGAGCGUGAAAGACGGAAGGAGGAAGAAAGGCUGAUGCGCGAAAGGCAGCGAGAGGAGGAGAGAUCACUGCGUGAGCAAAAACGUGAACUUGAGCGAAGGGAAAAGUUUUUACAGAAAGAGUACUUAAGAGCUGAGAAAAGGAGGCAAAAGGAGGAACUUCGGAGAGAGAGAGAGGCAGUGAAGCGUCAAGCUGCAAUUGAGAAGGCGACUGCUCGCAGGAUUGCUAAGGAAUCGUUGGAUCUUAUAGAGGAUGAACAGUUGGAACUCAUGGAAUUGGCUGCUGCAAGCAAGGGGUUAACCUCAAUAGUUCACCUCAACUACGAUACUUUGCAAAAUCUCGAGUCAUUUAGAGACUCUUUGAGCUUGUUCCCACCGGAGUCCAUACAAUUGAAAAAACCAUUUGCUAUUCAACCUUGGAUGGAUUCAGAGGAACAUAUUGGGAAUCUUCUAAUGGUAUGGAGAUUUUUUAUUACUUUUGCUGAUGUUCUUGGGUUAUGGCCUUUUACCCUUGAUGAGUUUGUUCAAGCUUUUCAUGACUAUGAUUCGAGGUUGCUGGGUGAGGUACAUUUUGCUCUUCUGAAAUUGAUAAUCAAAGAUAUUGAAGAUGUUGCUAGGACACCUACUGGAUUGGGAACAAAUCAAAAUUGUGCUGCUAAUCCUGAAGGUGGACAUCUGCAGAUUGUUGAAGGGGCAUAUAUGUGGGGCUUUGACAUACGCAACUGGCAGCGACACUUAAAUCCAUUAACUUGGCCUGAAAUAUUCCGGCAAUUGGCAUUAUCUGCUGGAUUUGGGCCACAGUUGAAGAAAAGGAGUUCAACAUGGAAAUACUUGGGUGAUAAUGAUGAGGUUAAAGGUUGUGAAUAUACAAUUUCAACGCUACGCAAUGGGUCAGCAGCUGAAAAUGCAUUUUCAUUAAUGCGAGAGAGGGGCUUACUACUUCCUCGAAGAUCUAGGCAUCGGUUGACACCUGGAACGGUUAAGUUUGCAGCUUUCCAUGUUCUUUCACUUGAGGGAAGCAAGGGUUUAACUGUGCUAGAACUUGCAGAUAAGAUUCAGAAAUCUGGGCUUCGGGACCUGACAACAAGUAAGACACCUGAAGCAUCUAUAUCUGUUGCCUUGACAAGGGAUCAAAAGCUUUUUGAAAGAAUUGCUCCUUCAACGUAUUGCCUACGGGCGGCUUACAGAAAAGAUCCUGCAGAUGCUGAGGCAAUACUUUCAGCUGCUAGGAAGAAGAUUCGGAUAUUUGAAAAUGGGUUUUUAGGUGGAGAAGACGGUGAUGAUGUUGAAAGAGAUGAAGAUUCUGAAGGGGAUGUCGAUGAGGACCCUGAAGUUGAUGAUUUAACUACUCCAUUGAGUGCUAACAGGAGUGGAGAUCAUGCUAUUGAUGCAAACACUUGCUCAGGGAGUAGAAAAGAUAAUAUCUGCAAUGGUAUUCCACUAACUGCACAAAAUGAUCCCGUCAAAGAACCCUCAUCCAUCCAUCUGAAUGGCCCAAAGGAUGCGAAGACUCCAAGUAGCACUGUUCAAUGUGUCCCUCGUGAAGAUGUUGUGGUGAGAAAUGUAGAUCAGGAAAAUAUUGAGAUAGAUGAGAGCAAGUCAGGUGAAUCAUGGAUUCAAGGACUUGCAGAAGGGGAAUAUGCUCAUCUAAGUGUUGAGGAGCGUCUUAAUGCACUUGUUGCAUUGGUUGGUAUUGCAAAUGAAGGAAAUACCAUUCGUGCUGUACUUGAGGAUCGUUUGGAAGCUGCAAAUGCUCUCAAAAAGCAAAUGUGGGCUGAAGCACAAUUAGAUAGAAGUCGCUUGAAAGAAGAUAUUUUGAGUAAAUUAGAUUUUCCAACUUAUAUUGGGGGCAAAGCUGAAAUGCAAGUUACCGGUUCUGUAGUGGAGGGUGGCCAAAGCCCAUUGCUUCUUGAUGAUAGUAAAAAUAAGGAGGCAUCUCCAAGAAUUGCAGAAGACCAAAAACUGUUCCCUGCUUCAGGAAAUGUCCAGAGUAACUACAACAGCGGUCCUACCGAAAAAGCCUUGAUGGUUCAAGAUCUCUCCAUGAAUCCAGAUAACUUCUCAAGUCAGCAACAUGGAUAUGCUUCAAAAAGAUUACGCUCCCAACUGAAAGCUUAUAUUGGCCAUAUAGCAGAAGAGACAUAUGUCUACAGGUCCUUGCCUCUUGGACAAGACCGCAGACGGAAUAGAUACUGGCAGUUUGUAGCGUCUGCUUCUAAAAAUGAUCCUUGUUCUGGUAGGAUCUUUGUUGAAUUACAUGAUUGCAACUGGAGGCUUAUUGACUCUGAAGAGGCCUUUGAUGCCCUUUUAUCAUCUUUGGAUACUCGUGGCAUUAGGGAAUCCCAUUUGCGAAUAAUGUUACAAAAGAUUGAGAAAUCCUUCAAACAAAAUGUCCGAAGAAACUUCACGUCCAAAAACAUCGUAUGCCAAAAUGGAAUUGCUGCUGAGAAUGAAGCUGGUGAAGCAGAUUCUAGCCCUAAUUGCUCAGCUGGCAUCAGCAGUCCAAGCAGUAUGGUUUGUGGUUCCAACUCAGAUACUUUGGAUACAUCUUCUUUGUUCAAAAUUGAGCUUGGGAGAAAUGAAAUGGAAAAGAAAGGUGCCAUGAAAAGGUACCAAGAUUUUCAGAAGUGGACAUGGAAGGAAUGCUUCAAUUCCUUAACUUUGCAUGCCAUGAAAUAUGGGAAGAAAAGGUGUUCAGAGCUGUUGACCACGUGUGACUGGUGUUUUGAUUCUUAUCUAGCUGAAGACCCUGACUCUGUUUCUUGCCACCAGACACUCAAUGCUGCUAAUAAGAGUUCUAAUUUUUCAGAACAUGUAAUUCAGUGUAAAGUCAAAAGGAAAUUAGAACCUGGGGUUUGUGAUACUUCUCUACCUCUUGGAAUCAGAUUGCUGAAGGCUCUUUUAGCUUUCAUUGAGGUAUCUGUUCCACCAGAAGCUCUAGAGUCAUUUUGGAUGGAAAUUCACAGGAAGACCUGGGCCACAAAGUUGAACAUGUCAUCUUCACCUGAGGAACUCCUGCAGAUAUUGACUGUGCUUGAGAAUGCCACAAAACGAGACUUUUUAUCUGCUAACUUUGAGAUGACAAAAGAAUUAUUGGGUACUUCCAUUUCAACAGAGAGUGCAUUAUUUGGGUCUACUGAUCUAGGACCACUUCCUGUGCUGCCCUGGAUACCAAAAACCACUGCUGCUGUGGCUCUGAGGCUUUUUGAGCUGGAUGGUUCAAUUACAUACAUUCAGCAUGAGAAGGCUGAACCUAGUGAAGACAAGUCGGCUAAAGUACAUUUGAAGCUUCCUGCAAGAUACUCUCCCUUCAAGAAUAAAGAGAUUGAGCUGAAAGGACCAAGGCAAUAUGAACAUGUCAAUGAAGAGCGCUUGACUGACUUGCAUAGCAAACGUAACAGCCAAAAACGUAGGCGAGGAGGCCGUGAUCAAGGAUACGGUACAAAGUGGCCUAGAAGAGUACCUGGUCUUAAAUCUGAUUCAAAUAGGCGUAAUGCUAGGGAAAAUGAGAAAUUUAAUAUAGGAUCAAAACAAGGGCGAAGGGCAAAUGCAAAAGGUUCUGGUCGAGGUCUUCGAACAGUUAGGAGGAGGAGAACGGAAAUGAUGGUAGCUGAGGAGCCUGUAAUUGGUCGUAUGAGCAAUACUGUUGGCCCAAGUAGCUAUGGUGGAUCGUUAAGGAACUUGGGUGAGGAAAAUUGGGGCGUUGAAAAGGUGAGGAUGGAUGUGGAUGAUGCUGAUAAUAGUAACAGUGUGGAAGCAGAAGAAUCCGAUGAUAAUGUUGAAGCAGAGGGAUAUGAACAAGGAAAUUGGGAGCAAAGUUUUAAUAGAGCCUCCAAUAGGUGGAAUAGAACAGUAAUGGAAAUGAGUGAUGAUGAUGGGGAUGGGGAUGGGGAUGGGGAUGGGGAUGGGGAUGGGGAUGGGGAUGGGGAUGGGGAUGGGGAUGCUUCGGGAGAUGAUAAUGGCAUUGAAGAAAUUGGAGCGGAAGAGUCAGAGGGAGACAUAGAGAUAAGUGAGGGUUCAGAUGGAGUAGGAAACAAGAUAGAGAAUGAGGAAGGCUCAGACUCGGAAGUUUCAGAUGAGUAUAGUGACUGAUAAUUGUUGGGUUGAUAAAAGUCCCAGCAGUCGGUCAUUUUGCUGUUGAGCUGCAUCAUUUUUGGUCUUUUGCAGCUUAAGCAGCGGCAGAAUUUAUGGCAUAAGAGAACCGAGAAACAAGGUUGCCCCUUCCAAUUUAUGGUGCAAUAUAAUGUAGAAGGUAGAAGUAAAAAAUUAGUAAAUCCUCUUGGUAAUUCAUAAUUGUUAACGAGCAUUGGAUUGUAACUUGUAAGCUCAGCGUGUGCCAUCAAAUAUUGAGUUUUUCAUUC